AGUAAUAAGUAUCAAGUAAAAACUUUUUUUCCGAAGUUCCGAAAUACUCAUGUUGUACCUAACUAUGUUUAGUCUAAAAUUGUGAACAUGAUUUGUUUUUGUUACUUAGUACUGUACAAUAUGUUUUUAAAUAGUAUAAACUUUGUUAAUAAUAUAUUAGUAUAAAUAGGUUGUAUGAUAUUUAAAUUUUCAUUUAUAUUAUAAUGGAUUUGAGAUCUCCUGUUCUCAACUCUGAUAAUGAGUCCAUUUCAGAUGUAUUGGAAUUGGAUACAGACUAUGAUUUUGACAAGAUUGAAGAAGAGCCAACUACUACAACUAUUAAUCAUAAAAUGGGAUCGGUUUGGAGAGAUAUUGUUGUCGGAGACCAGAUGGAAGGAUGCUUAACUCGUCUAGAAGUAACCACUAAAGCAGCUGUUUAUACUGAUGUGGAUGAUCCAAACUAUGAGUACAAGAACAGUGAACUAAAACGAAAACGAAGUUUUUCAUCGACUAAGUCAAAUAAAAAGACUGAAAAUAUACUAGAAAGUGGAGAAUAUGAUUUAGAUUCUGAUCAUGUUGUAAAGAAAAGAUAUUCACAUGGAAAUGGGGAUUUUAAGAAAUGUAAUUAUAAAUAUGGAAAUACAAAAGGAUUUGUGGAAAAAAGAACUAAUAGUGAUAAUACAUCUAAGUGUAGAAUAUUGCCUGAUAUUUGUAAUUUUGAAGAAAAGACUAAUGAUCAGUUUUUAGAUGAAUUAUGUAUAAAUCUUCAUGAACACAACAAGAUUUUAAUGUUAUCUGUGGUAUCCAAAAUUGAUAGGACAAUCAUUCUUGAUAAAUAUAAGAAAACCUGUUUAAUAGAAGCUAAUGGUGGCCAAAUGAUAAAGAAUGGUAAUCGUAGACGAACAUCUGGAGGAAUAUUUUUUAAUUUAAUUAAAGAAGAUAAAUCAAUUCCAAAUUCAGCAAAAAAAGAUCUAUUUAGUUGUCCUCAAAAUGAAGCAAUAAAAAAGAAAAAAAAGCGUGAGAAAAUGAAACGUAAAAAAGAAAAAUUAAAAAAAUUGAUUAUUCAGGAUAAUAAAAAAGCGGAUAUUUUAAAAACAUUGAAUGAAGAACUGGAAACAUUAUCAUCAAAUUGUACAAUAGAAAAUGAAGAGUUAUCUGAUUAAUUAGUUAUAGAUGUGAUUCCUUUAAUGAAAAACAACUUUAUUUUCUUAUAGGCCUAAUAU